AUGCAAAUAGAUAAUAAUGACAAGCUUUUUCGUGGCGUGCUCAACAAGGAGAGCAGGAGAUCGUCGUGGAGCGCGAUCACAAAAUGGAAGAUCAGUUCUAUCUGGGGCGUUUUUGUUGAAAAUUUUCUGUUUCGUAUCGGUCAAGUCAGUGUUAAGAUCAUUAUCAGCGGCUGUAUUCCGGAAUUUGUUUUGAAGACUAGGUUUUAUUCUGGUAUCGCGACUGGGUUUGAUGAAGAUGAACUUGAUGCGUCCAUGAUGCAUGAGAUUCCAAAUGGCGUAGAUCUUCAUGUUCAACAACUGCAAUAA